UGCCCUAUACCAUCCCCUCGCUUUGGACCAUCAAACUUGCACUAGGGACUACUGCUUGCUUGUCGAUCCUUAAAAUUACUUUACACCAUGGCUGCUGGUACGAAGCGCGCUAAUGAUGACUCUACAGCCCCCAAAGCGAAGAAGACCAAGGUCGACCACAGGUCGCGGAAGCGGCAGUCUCUGGCAGAAAAAUCUGCGCAACCGGCUUCUAAUACACUGGCAGAAGAAGUUGACUUCCCACGGGGAGGAGGAACGAGCUUUACGCCCAUAGAGGUUAAGGCCAUCCGUGCAGAAGCCGUGAAAGAAGCUAAUGAAGAGCUCUUCAAAGAGAACGCUGUGAAGGCGUCUCAUCGUGAAAAGCGAAAGUCUGAGCCUAAGAAGAAGGUCAAGAAGAUUACUGCCGAUGGCAAGCCAGACACCCUAGUGCGCGUUGAGCACCUCAACUACAAAAGGAUUAUUGUCGGCAUGAAGAUAUUUGGACAAGUCAUGUCCGUCGAGCCUCUUGCGCUCAUCGUGUCUUUGCCCAACCAACUACUUGCCCAUAUCCCUAUCACGAAUAUCACCUCGCAGUUGACGAGCCUCUUGGAAUCUAUGGAUGAUGAAGAGCCAGAGGAUGUAUCAGACGAAAGCGACGAGGAAGGUCCUAGCAUGCGGCGCCAGGUACCCGAGCUUUCCGAGAUAUUUCGUCCAGGCCAGUAUGUCCGUGCGGUCGUUACCGCAGUCCAUACAGCAGGUUCUACGGAUACCGUAGGUUUCAGCAGAACGCGUGAUGAAUCUCAGAAGGCUAGCCGACGAGUUGAGCUUAGUCUCUUUCCAGAUAAGGUUAAUGAAGGCGUAGCAAAAGCAGAUGUUAAAGCUGGAUUUGCGUGUUCCGCUGCUGUCAAGAGUGUGGAAGAUCAUGGCUACAUCCUCGACAUGGGAAUAUCAGAUAUCUUAGGUUUCCUAACAUUCAAGGAUGCCCAACGAUCUCGUGUCGGGGAAAUGCGACUAUCUAUUGGUCAUUUGUUGGAUGUAUGCGUUACGAAACUUUCCAGCAAUGGUCGUACUUGUAAUGUCUCUAUCAGCCCGGAGUUCGUCAGGUCGACGUCUCUUACUGAGGUUUCGAACACGACUUCCGUCGUUCCCGGUUCUCUUGUCUCCGCUCUCAUUACUUCUGUUCAGCCCACAGGCUUGAACUUGCAGGUACUCGGCUUCUACAACGGUACAAUUGACCAAUUCCAUCUGCCGCCAGGCGAUGUCGAGGAGAACUUCAAAGUCGGUCAGAAAGUAAAAGCAAGGAUUCUAUACGACAUAGCCCCCUCUACGCCAUCCCGUUUUGCGCUCUCCCUGGCGGAUCACGUAGUAUCUAUGACGGACAAAUCUGUCGAUGUCUCAGAAGACGCAAAGCAAACAUCUCUGCACGAGGCAUUCACUAUUGGCGUACCUGUCGACCCUAUGAAGGUUAUUCGCGUGGAACCAGAACGAGGGCUAAUUGUCGAAGUGACACCCACUGUUGAGGGUUUCGUGCACAUCUCGCAAGUGUCGGACGAACAUGUUCCGAUGCUCUCAGCAAGCUCUGGUCCUUGGAAGGUCGGCACGAUGCACAGGGCUCGUGUGACCGGCUACCAUCCCUUCGACGGUCUCCUCCAGUUGUCCAUGAAGCCCUCUGUUCUCGAACAGAAGUUCCUGCAAGUGGGAGAGGUUAAGGUUGGGGAGGUCAUCAAGGGCACAGUCAAGAAGCUCACCGACUCGGCACUAUUCGUCUCAAUAUCUGGCAAUGUGGAUGGUGUCAUUUGGCCGAACCACUACGCCGACAUUCAUUUGAAACACCCUCAGAAGAGGUUCAAACCGGGAGGGAGCAUCAAGUGCCGCAUCUUGGUGGUCGAUCCCGAGCGAAAGCGCGUCGUUCUUACCGCCAAGAAGACCCUAAUUGACUCGUCCUUACCCAUCGUAGCAAGUCUAGAUGAUGUGAAGGAGGGUCUCGUCACCCAUGCGGUCGUUUUCAAGGUGUCAGAAAAGAGCCUGCAGGUUGAGUUCUACAACAACCUAAAGGCAAUUGUGCCCAUUCGAGAGGCCAGUGAGACUACAAUCUCGUCGCUCUCUGCAGCCUUCCCAUUGGGCAAGGUCGUUCAAGUCCGCAUAAUCUCUUGCAACGCGGAAACGGGACGUAUCGUAUCCAGCAUUCGCCAAGCUUCGGCGAACUUCAAGGCUGCUAUCACCGCUAUUCAGGAUGUCGAGAUUGGUCAUUCAGUCGAGGGUGUUGUCUCUGAGAUUCAGAAGGAGAAGGCCAUCGUCACGCUCAAGCCGACACAAGUUCGUGCGCUGCUUUCUCUCAACAACCUCGCCAACAGGCGCGGUAUCGCUGUGGCUCAGCUCAGGAGCAGUCUCAAAGUUGGAGACAAGCUGAUGGACCUCGUCGUUACCUCCCGUAAUCCAGAGAAAGGCUUCGUUCUUGUCGCGACCAAGCCGAAGGAGAAGGAGGAAGUUCUGCAGAAAAGCGCCCUCAUCCUCGAGAGCGUUCAGAUUGGCCAAAUCGUUGGUGGUCGUGUUAUACGCCAUAUUCGCGCAGGUGCACUCGUAAAGCUCACUUCACGUAUAUCCGGUAUCUUGCAUCCGACGGAUGUGUCCGACGACUAUGAGUCAGGAACGCCUUUCCCUCCUGUCGACACCGUCUUCAAAGCCGCGGUCAUUGGUAUCGACACGGAUAAGAGAACGCUCACCUUGUCCACGCGUCGUUCCGUCAUGAACCCCUCAGUGCACGUACCUGUGGCUGAUCCCGUCAUUAACGACGUUUCGGAUAUGAAGGCUGGAUCGACUGUCCGAGGCUUCAUCAAGAGUGUGGCGGAGCACGGUCUCUUCGUCACCUUGGGCCGUAAUAUUGAUGCACGGGUACAGAUCAAAGAGCUUUUUGAUGACUUCGUCAAGGACUGGAAGAGUCGCUUCCAAGCUAACCAGCUCGUGAAGGGUCGAAUUCUCAGCGUCAAUGUCGAGAAGAAGCAGGUUGAGAUGUCCUUCCGCUCCUCAGAUUCAUCACGCAGCGCUCAGCUAACCAUUAAGCUUUCCGACCUGUCGGAAGGCCAGAAAGUGGACGCCGUCGUCAAGAAGAUUGCAGACUACGGUCUGUUCCUCGAAGUGGAGGGUUCGAAAGUCCGUGGGCUUUGCCACAAGUCUGAGCUCUCGGAUAACCCAGCGGCCGAUGUCACUAUGGCUCUUCGCAGCUUCCGGGAAAGUGACAAGGUCAAGGCUGUUGUCCUUACUGUUGACAGUGAGAAGCGCCGCAUCUCUUUCGGUCUCAAGCCCUCGUAUUUCGUCGAGGAAGACUUCCAAGAAGCAGAAUCUGAGUCUGGGGCAGAACAGGAGUCGCUGGGUGUUAUAGACGAGGAAUCUGAUCGAGAGCAUGUUGAGGGCAUUGGGAACGAGGGCAGCGAUGAAGAGAAGAAUAAAGAGACCGUCAAUGCCGAAGAGGUUGUGGAUGAGGACGAGACAAUGGACGUCGACGUCGACGUUAGCGGAUCCUUGGUCGCAAGGAAGGGCAGCCAGACGAAUGCCGGUCCCUCUGCCAUUCGCAGCGUACUCAAGCUGGACGAUGGCUUCCAGUGGUCUACUGUCCAGCAGGAUGUGGAUGUCGAGAUGGAGUCUUCAGAGAAGGAAAGCGGGGACGAAGAUCAGCCAAGCAAGAAGAGGAAGCGCAAGCAUAAGGAGAUCGAGCAGGAUCUGACAGCUGAUCUGCAGACGAAGACACCCGAGUCUAACGCGGACUUUGAGCGCAUUCUCCUUGGUUCACCGAACUCGUCCUACCUAUGGAUCCAGUACAUGUCCUUCCAAAUACAGCUCUCCGAGAUCGACAAAGCACGGGAGAUCGCUCAGCGUUCACUGAAGACCAUCAACUUCCGCGAGGAGCGGGAGAAGUUGAACGUAUGGGUUGCAUUGUUGAAUCUAGAGAAUGUCUACGGUACCGAAGAAUCUCUCGAGGUUACCUUCAAGGAUGCUGCGCGGCAUAACGACUCGAAGACUGUCCACCUUCGCAUGGCCGCUAUCUUCGAGCAGAGCGAAAAGAUUGAGAAAGCUGAAGAGCAGCACAGGCGGACGGCUAAGAAAUUUGGCCACAGUUCCAAAGUUUGGACGUUGUUCGCCGAGCACUACUUGCGUCGUGGCAAACUCGAGGAUGCGCGCGCGCUCCUUCCACGCAGCCUUCAGUCCCUCGAGAAGCAAAAACACUUGAAAACUAUCUCCAAGUUCGCACAGCUUGAGUACAAGCUCGGUGAUCCAGAGCGAGGCAAGACCAUCUUUGAAGGCGUUAUGGAAUCGCAUCCGAAGAGAUGGGAUAUCUGGUCAAUAUAUAUUGAUAUGGAAGCUGGCCAGGGGGACAUCAUGAAUCUUCGAAACCUCUUCGAUCGAGUCCUUGCGCAGAAAAUGACGAGCCACAAAGCAAAGUCAUUUUUCAAGAAAUGGCUUGAGCUGGAGCGGAGGAUAGGAGAUGAAGAGGGUGCGGGUAUCGUGAAGGCAAAAGCUAUUGAGUGGACACAGCGGGCAGCAGGCGAAAGUGCAUGAUCAAGACGAUGCAAUGAUAUUUAAUCCAUAUGCUACUCAUAACGAUGAUAUCGAAAGGAUGAGAUGCUGAACUACUAAGUGCAAAAGACCACAUACAGCGGGGAGCAAAGAAGAUGGUAACUGACGUAAGAUAUGCAAAAGGAGAGGACGGGACAGACCGGACCAGGGUAUAUGCCUAUAAAUAACAGAAUAUUACGAGCGAGCAAACGUUAUGAGCGGGACCUUGCUCGUUCGUGACCCAGGGUGUGGGAGUCGUAUUCAUUCAGCGGCCGGCGAUUGCUCAUCGAGCUCGCGAGCUGCUGCCGCCAAUCAUCCAGCUCGCUUGACAGGUUCUCGAAUGCGAUCGCAUUCUCCGAGCUCGACGUGCUGACUCUACGCUCCGAGAUGCCCGAUAUUGGUCGCCCCGACCCAAAGCUCGGCUGGUCCACUUCGAGGAGCAAACCGAUUUUAUGAGACAGCUGCUCAUUUUCGCGUUUAAGAGUUGUGUUCUCGUUGCUGAGCUGCUCCAGCAGAGUCUCGUCGUGGCCGCCGCGGGCGAUGAUCAAUGACUUCUGCAGACGUUCGAUGUCCUGUUCAAGCUCCUCAAUGCGGAGCUGUCGUUCAUCGGCUUCUCGUUGAGAGGCAAUGACACCGUCGCGCAUGUGUUCGAGAUCACUUUCCAAAGACUCGAUACGCAGACGGAGGUCACGGUUAUCACCGUUAAGCCGCUGCACUUGUCGCUGGGCGUCGCUGAGUUGGUUACGAAGAAUUUCGUUGCCGUGACUGUCAUCGGAGGACGGUGUGCCACGACCGUUGAUCGCGCGGAUACGAGAGCCCCCAUCAAUACUGGCGGACCGGUCCAACUCGCCCUGCAUGCUCUGGUUCAGUGUCUUUUGUUUCGUCAACUCGUCCUUCAUCUUGCGCAUCAUCUUUUCCGUGCCCCUAGUAUCACCAUUCCUG